GCCCAAGACGCACGUUACCGAACCUGGAUUUAAAGCCCGUACUGUCUCUCUUCUUCUCAGCCCUAACUCACACACACUCUUUCUCUCUCUCUCUCUCCCCCCUUCUCUGGUACUUUCAGCUCCAGAGACGUCAUCGUCGCCAACUGAGUCACGGGGCUGAAAAAAUCCAGUAGCAAUGGGGAUCAUCGAAAGGAUCAAGGAAAUUGAGGCCGAAAUGGCUCGAACUCAGAAAAAUAAAGCCACAGAGUAUCAUCUUGGCCAGCUCAAGGCAAAGAUUGCCAAGCUCAGGACUCAGCUUUUGGAGCCUCCGAAAGGGUCUAGCGGAGGUGGAGAUGGUUUCGAAGUUACAAAAUUUGGUCACGGACGUGUUGCGCUUAUUGGGUUUCCUAGUGUGGGAAAGUCGACACUUUUGACUAUGUUGACGGGCACACACUCUGAAGCUGCAUCUUAUGAGUUCACAACUCUUACCUGCAUUCCUGGGAUUAUACAUUACAAUGAUACAAAAAUUCAGCUGCUCGAUCUUCCUGGAAUUAUUGAAGGUGCUUCUGAAGGCAAAGGUCGUGGUAGGCAGGUCAUUGCUGUUGCCAAGUCUUCAGAUAUUGUGUUGAUGGUCCUUGAUGCCUCAAAGAGUGAAGGCCAUCGGCAAAUAUUGACAAAGGAGCUGGAAGCUGUGGGCUUACGUUUAAACAAGAAACCGCCUCAAAUAUACUUCAAAAAGAAAAAGACUGGAGGAAUUUCUUUCCACAGCACUCUCACUUUGACUCAUGUGGACGAGAAGCUUUGCUAUCAAAUUCUUCACGAAUACAAAAUUCACAAUGCUGAGUUGCUGUUUCGUGAGGACGCCACAGUGGAUGAUCUUAUUGAUGUCAUUGAGGGAAACCGGAAGUACAUGAAGUGUGUAUAUGUAUACAACAAGAUAGAUGUUAUUGGUAUUGAUGAUGUGGACAAAUUAGCCCGGCAACCUAAUUCUGUUGUCAUUAGUUGCAAUCUCAAGCUGAACUUUGACAGACUGCUUGCAAAAAUGUGGGAGGAGAUGGGACUUGUUAGAGUUUAUACCAAGCCACAGGGCCAGCAACCUGAUUUCGGUGAUCCUGUAGUUCUUUCUGCUGAUAGAGGGGGCUGCUCUGUUGGAGACUUUUGUAACCAUAUACACAGGAGUUUAGUGAAGGAAGUUAAAUACGUGCUAGUGUGGGGUACAAGCGCAAGGCACUACCCACAGCAUUGUGGUCUCGGUCAUGUUUUGAAUGACGAAGACGUGGUUCAGAUUGUCAAGAAAAAGGACAAGGAAGGGGAAGGGAGGGGUCGUUUCAAGUCGCAUUCAACGGACCCUGCUCGUAUAUCUGACAGAGUGAAGAAGGCUCCCCUGAAGCAGUAAUAUCAUUGAUAGUCAUACCAUGCAGACCCGAGUUUCUUACAUGAAUCGGCACAGAAGAAUGAUCCGUGGAUGUGAUGUAUAUCCAGAUUUGAGAUGCCUACAGAGCACGACAUAAUCAAAUCAUUUGCUCAAUUUGAAAAUUAGUCGAAAGAGAAGAAUUGAUAUUAGAAUGUCGUGCUUAUCGAAAUAGGUAAAUUUUCUGGUCCAUGUGUUGUAUGUUUAGAUUAAUUACUUCUUGAAAUUUUGAACAUGUACUGCACGAUAAUCUGUGUUUCUGGAGAUGGUGAUCAAUGCACUUCUAAAUGCUCUUCGGCUCUA